GUAGAGGAGAUUGCCUCUGCUCGUACUCGCUGUCGUCGUGUUCCUCAUCGUCGUUUUCCUCCACGUGUGUUUGUCGUGGCGGCCGUGGAAACAACAUCGCAAGAGGAGGGCUUCAACGAAACGGGCGGCAGUGGAACGUCCGAUGGCGGGCAUGCAGGCAUGCACAGGUGUUGGUGCGGGUCAGGGCGGAAGACGACCUCCGUCUGCGGAGCCUUCACGGCGGUACGGCCCAUCUUUGUACCGCCAUCUAGAGUCGUGGGAGACGCCACUGCCCCCGUCGGACGAGGAUCCGGAGACGGAAGAACUUCCAACGUUGCCUCUUGCCUGCGGGUCGACGCAGCUGUUGUCGCAGACGGUGCGAGCAUGCGGGUCGGCUAGCAAUGAAGGCGGCGAGGUCACCUCACUGCUGCACCAAGGCGUGGGAGACGACGACGAUGGAGGACUUGAUCUCAGGUUUGGGUUGUGUUCUGGCGGCGCUAGGGAGGCGAGCCGCAUGUUCAUCAUCGACGCCGAUCCUUCACCACGUGGCGUUCAACAAUCUGGAAGUCAGCAUACGGAGCACUCGGGCCAUCGGCCAUUACUGGUGCACCGUUACUGGCGGUGUCGGGCCAUCGGCAGCAGGCCGGCAGCAGGCCGGCAGCAUGGAUCGAGUGCACCGUCCGCCGAUCGAUUGACAAGUACCUGCCCCGCACGCAAUAGAGUCGCAGUCGGGUCCCUGCGCAUCAGCGGUGCACGUCCUUCGAUGCCCAAAAGCACAACGCCGACCCAACCCGACCUCAGGGACGACGGCACGUGCAGACCAUCGAUGCGUCCAGCACCCACUGUGGAGAACAUCACACGAGGAGUGUCAAACAUGUGGGCACACAGCAAUGGCGGCGACGACAAUGGUGGUGGCGGUGACGAUGCCGACGAACGAUUCAGGGAGGAUGUGGAAGCAGGGGACGACGACGACGACAUUUCUAUUCGGCCUUUGGGGAAGACGGGUGGGAGGGGGAGAGGACGCAGCAGAGGUGCUGUUCAUGGUCGAUCCGUUGGCCGUGGGGGCAGAGGUGGCGUCAGCGACGACGGCGGGAAGUCUGCGAUGUACUGGUCCCCGAGACAUAUUUCAUGGGAGACAUAUUUCCGGGAGACAUAUUUCUCGCCAGGUUGGCCACACUUCCCGCUCAUUCGAUCACACUACCAAGCUCGCUUGCAGAGGUCGCCACGAAACAUGUCUACGCGAGGGAACACCCGUGGGAAGAAGCGCGACGUAGUCCCUGACGACAGCCAAGGGCAGGGAAGAGGUCGGCGGCAGGCCCCGAAAGCGAAGAGGGUGCGUUCAGAAGAUGCGUCAGCAAGGAUGCCUCUUCGUGGAGCGCAAGGAUGGGCGGCACCCGUGGAAGGGGACUACGACGAAGAAUUUACGACGGAGAAGGAGCAGGCAGAGGCGACCACGUCUGAAGUACGGGAGAGCGGUCGGCAGCGCUCUUUUCAUCACACCGCUUCGAAGAGGAUGUUGACCCCUCCACCCAAGGCGCAGCAGCUGUGUGGCCGCAAAACGCGGACAAAGAAGGUUGUCGUCGUCGAUCUUGGCGGUGAGGAUGACGAGCCCUUGGAUAGACGUCGCAUGCGCACUCGUACAACGGCGACCCCACCGCCGGCGGUGACGGCACGCGCUGCUGUAAACGAAAGGCCAGUCUCGGGUAGGUUGCCCGCCACGCCGUCUCAGCCACGUCAGCGCAACGAGGGUGGUGAUGGAGGGUCCGUCCAACACAGCAGCGGAGGGGAAGUCGUGGCAGAUGCGCACGCAAUUGGGGCCGAGGCGGCAGGUGCUGCAGGGGCGGGUGGUUCAGGCACUGUGGCCCCCACUGCAACGGCGAGGGAGGAGGCAGCAGUUGUGGCGACGGCGAGAGAGGAGGCACGUGGUGAGAAGAAAGGCGAUCGGGAGGCCGGCGAGCCCGGUUCAAGCCGGGUACGUAGGGGAGUGAUGACAAAAUACCUCAUCGAUCGUGUCGUCCUUUGGGUCAAUGACAAAGCUUUAUGGACAACGGGGGAGGGGCAAAGACUGUACAAUAUCGUCCACGAUACGAGAGAGUACUUUGUCGCCAUCGCCAGCGGACUUCCGCCGCCUACUGUCCCUCGGAGCGUCGUACUGCCCAAAUCCAGCACACGCGUAGGCAGGAUCGUCGACCAAUCACAGUUGCAACAAGCGAUCUCCCGUGCGGUGGCAGUGGAGAACGUUGCUCUGCGCAUCUUGCACGGUUGGGUAUUCAAGUCCGGGAACCGCCCAAGGGGAUACCAUGUGGUUUUCCAGUACUCGUUGGAAUCCUUUGCCACGGACAUUGCGCGUGCUAUGUGGUACGGCGAGGAGUGGUGCGACGCCGUCAGUCCGGCGGUUUGCGCGCACACGAUAGAUUUGUCCAUGGACCUGCCACUGUGGUUCGCCGGCGCCAACAUCGAGGACAAACCGGACGAUGACGACAUGGCGGCGCACCAGGAGUCCACCGUCAUCUGCGUCACGCAUGCAUUCCACGCGGCGGUGCAAAUGGGGGCGCUCAUCGACGGCGAGUUCAUCUCGCACGAUCGUCUUUGUCCGGUGGCUGACUGCUUCAGGCUGUUGUUGGCGGCGUGCAUGUGGAUAAUGCGCAUGACGAGAGACGAUCCGCGCAACCACUACGAGGCUUUCUACUUCGUGAACCUCGUGGCGAAGCCCACACUCGUCGCGGUCAUGCAUCGCUCCUUCGAUCAUCGACGAUCCAUCGUCCGCGCCGCGAAAAUCGUCACUGAGAGACUCGGGAAGGCGAACGCUACGUUCGGACAGUACCCUGACUACAUCCCUCAAUGGGCACCCUGCGGCAUUGGUUUCAGGCACAACGCGAGCAUAACGGGACCGGAGGAUGCGAAGAAGCUAGAUUGGUUGGGUUCGGGCCCCCUCAAUGAUGACAACAACAACGAGGGGAAAGAUGACGCGUAAGGGGG